AUGAAUUUAUUCGAAAUUUAUCCUGAAAUGGAUCAUGAAAAAACAUUUGAUGAUCUCUUUUAUAAGAGAAUUUCAUUUUAGAAUAAUGAAAACAAUUAUAAAUUAUUUGGAUUUGAUAAAUGUUUUAAAAAAAGUAAACAAUAAACAAUUUAUAAGGAUGGAAAAGUUUGUUUAAGAAUUUUGCUUUACCAUUUUAAUAAAUAAAUUAUUUUGACACGAAAGAAUUAAAUUAAAGUUGUCAUUGUAAUGAAUGUGGUGGAAAAGUUAAAAAGAAAAUUUUAAUUAAUAAAAGAGAAUUAAAAGACAAUUAAUUCUCUGCUAUCAAAUAAAGAUAUCCAGCAUCACCUCAGUUAUCUAUUUAACCUUAAACAGUUCGACCUUCAAACAAGGAUCUGAGUUUAAUUGGUUCAUCAGCACAUUUUAGUAUUAUAUUAAUUAAUUUUUAUGUGAUAAACAUUAGAAAUAAAUUAUUUAGAGAAGUGCUAGAGAAUCUUUAAUUCCAGUUAUUUAAUUAAUUUAGGCUUAAAAUUUAAUGAAAAAAAUAAGUAGAACUCAUAAAAUAGAAUAAGAUCUGAAAUCUAAAAUUAAUAUAUAAACUGAAAGCUUAUUUAAUAAAGUAUAAAAGAAAAUUGAUGAUAAAGAAUAAGGUAAAUUUGUUGAAAUCUAAAUUUAAAAACCUAAAGAUAUAGAUAUUAUUAAAUAAAGAGAUUUAUUAAAGAAAAAAUCUAUAAAAUAAUCUCCAAAUUCUAUUCAAUAUAGAAUCAAAACAGAUGUCUCUAGUUACUAUUUUGCUAAUCAAUAAAAAAAAUAAAUUUUUAAUUUACCAAAUCUAAGCAAUCUUGAAAACUUAAAAAAAAAUAGUCUUAGCAAUUUUGAAUCUAAAACACCAAGAAUGUUAAUCAGAAGUGACAAAUUCAAUCUUAAAUAACCAUUAACAUAAAGACUAUUAGCUACUUACUUAAAAAAAAGCAAUAGCAAAAGCAAAUAAUUUAAUAACAAAAAAUAAUGA